AAGACAAGGUGAAAACUUUCCCUUCGUCUUCUUCUCCUGCAUCCAAAGAAAAUAUACUACCGGAAAAACCAUCAAAUAUUCACUCAAAUCGCCUAAUUAACUACGGACAAAAUAGAUUAGAUUCUAGGGUUUCUCUUCUUUACAGAGACUGGAAUGGAAGGAGUUAGCAAUGGUGGGAUGUUGUACCAUGAGGUACAAGAGGCCAAGCUUUGUGCCGUACAUUGCGUCAACACGGUGUUGCAGGGGCCUUUCUUCUCUGAAUUCGAUUUGGCGGCGUUGGCUUCGGAUCUUGACUGCAAGGAACGCCAGAUGAUGCAAGAUUCCGGUGCUUGUACCGGCGAUUUCCUCUCCGCCGAGUCCCACAAUGUCUCCUUGGACGGUGACUUUAGUAUCCAGGUCCUACAAAAGGCUUUGGAGGUAUGGGAUUUGCAAGUCAUUCCCUUUAGCAGUCCAGUUGCUGAGCCUGCCCAGAUUGACCCUGAACUUGAAAAUGCAUUCAUUUGUCAUUUGCAUGAUCAUUGGUUCUGUAUAAGGAAAGUGAAUGGAGAGUGGUAUAACUUUGACAGUCUCUAUGCAGCCCCAGAACACCUGUCUAAGUUUUACCUUGCUGCCUAUCUGGAUUCUCUGAAGAGCUCUGGCUGGAGCAUAUUUUUGGUUAGAGGAAACUUCCCAAAAGAGUGUCCCAUUUCAUCAUCUGAAGCUUCUAAUGGUUAUGGGCAGUGGCUAUCUCCUGAAGAUGCAGAGAGGAUUAUCAAAUCCUGCAACUCAACUUGGGGUUCUCAGCGUGUCAUUUCCACUCGACAACAUUCUGAUCCAGCUGCAGACAUGCUUACAGAAUUUGAAGAUGAAGACUUGAGAGCUGCAAUAGCUGCCAGUUUGAUGGAUUCUUCCCAAGCUAUGACUAGCACCGAAGCUGUUGCUGCUCAAAAUACAGAAGAAAAAAUUGCAGAAUGAGAAAUGUAGUUUUGAAAUCACAUUCUAUUAGUUGCGUGACACUGAUCCAUGUCAACUAGGAUGUUUUUUAACAUCCUUUUGCAAUUCAGUAUAUACAUUCAUUGUACUUUUUGAUAACACGUUUACAUCAAAUUGACAUCAUAAGAACAUUACAAUCACCCAAGUCAGCUAUACAAAUCAGUGAUUGCAUUUUUUUCAUUA